AUGUCCAGCGAAACUAAAUACAACGAGUUUGGUGGAUGUGAUGGACCUGAUGCAGCAUAUGUAAAGCUUGUGAGCAGUGACGGGCAUGAAUUUAUCAUCAAAAAGGAAUUAGCAUUGACAUCUGGUACGAUCAAAGCAAUGUUAAGUGGUCCAGGACAAUAUGCGGAGAAUGAAAGCAAUGAAGUAAAUUUCAGAGAAAUCCCAUCUCACGUUCUUCAGAAAGUUUGUCAGUACUUCACUUACAAGGUCCGGUACACGAAUUCGGCUACCGAAAUCCCAGAAUUCGUGAUCAACCCCGAUGUUGCACUAGAGCUUCUUAUGGCAGCCAAUUUCUUGGAUUGCUAA